AUACAACCAAGAAGCACUGUUCAAUCAAAGACUAUAAAUGGGAUAUUCUCAAUCCAAUCAGCCCUGCAACGUGACAAACAUCCUUUUCACUGUUUGUCUCGUGAUGGACGAACGGCGGGGUGGUCCCUCGAUCUUUGACAUGGUUUACCAUGCCUGAGAUACUUGACCAAUGUUUGUCAAACAUGAACUUCACCAGGAUGUCCACCAUCAUCGAAGAUGACGACGAUGAUGUUGAAGUCCUCCACUCCAACUGGUCUCCUAAUAACAACCCUCCUUCUCCUCCUCAGAACCCUGGGAUGGAAGGGGCUUCAUCUGCCCGGUGCAUUUCCUUUGACGAUCUCAUCCGAGAUAAGAAGGUGAAGUCCCCUUCGGCCACCCAUCUCUUCGAGGAUGACCGGGUUGAUUCUCUCCAAGCCCAGGUCGAAUCCAAGUCUAAGGAGGUCGGCCAUUCUUCUCCCCGUGCUAAGGGCCAGAAAAGGAAGGGCUCCCAUAAGAGUUCCAAAGGGGGCAAGAAGAAGAAGACCGGGUCGCUUGACAUGGAGGGGGAGUCGGUUGAAGAGGCCUUCCUAGCCUUGACCAGAAGACUCCAAAGGGUAGAGCUGAGGACUGAGAGGGCCAAGCUUGAGGAGGAAAGUGCCUUGCUGGAGGAGGAGAGGGCAAGAUCUGCCCGUUUGGAGGAGGAGGGGAAGAGGAAGGUCACAGAGGAAGCGUUGGGCCAGGCUGAAGAAUCUGCCCGGGCAAAGGAGGAGGCCUUUCCCACUGAAGCUACUGACUGGGCUACACGCCAUCACUUGGAAGUUGCCCGGUCUAUUCUCACUACACCGGAAGAAACCAUAGACUUCUUUAAUACCAUGUAUAAAGAACCGGAAGGCAAGAGGAUGAUAACCAAGAUUGGUUCAUACGGCUUCCAGUGUGGCCAGAAGGAUGAGAGGUCUCUUCUCUAUGCCAGACUUCAGAAGAGGGACCCUUCCUUUGACCCGGCCAAGAUGAAGCUUCCAGCCCUCUACAAGGAAGAGCCAACCCCCCCUUUCCCCUUGCAAUAGGUUAGGGUUUGAUGUAAAACUCUGAAUUUUCCCAAGGCCUGGGGGAUGUCCGGCCUAAUAUUUAACCUGUGUAACAUUAAGUUUUCUUGGUUUGCCUUUAAAAGAUUGCCGGUCAUAUUUAGUUCAAGUUGCUUGGUUAU